AGGUCGUGCCAAACAUCGGAGAUCCCGUGGAAGGCUGUUGGACCUUGUAUGUGGACGGAUCAUCAAAUCAAAAUGGGAGUGGGGCUAGAUUGACCUUAACUAGCCCAGAAGGUCAUGUUUUUAAUUACGCUCUAAGGUUCGAGUUCAAGGCCUCAAACAAUGAGGCUUAUUAUGAGGCUCUCAUAACCGGACUAAAGAUGGCGUUGGAGCUGGGCUCCCGACGUGUGCAAUGCCAUAGUGACUCACAGUUGGUCGUAUGUCAAAGUCGUGGAGACUAUGAGGCAAAGGAUCUCAUGAUUGUCAAGUACGAAACUAAGGUGAAAUACUUGGUCUCUUUAUUUGAGUAUUGUGGGGUUCAGCAAGUCGUAAGGACAGAAAACACCAAGGCAGACGCACUGUCUAAUCUCGCAACAUCGCCUUAUCACGAGCUCAUCAAAACCGUACCUGUGGAAGUCCUUCCUCACCGCAUCAUGUUCGGUCACGCUACUAUCGACCAGGAGAGCUUGUCCUCAGAAAAGCUCAGUUCAACUACCAGGAAAGGCACAACAAGUUAUCUCCAAACUGGGACGGCCCUCACCGUGUAUGAGCAGCGGUGA